UUAAUGUUAUAAUUUUUAGUGAUAAUAUUGCAACAGUUUAUAAUUGAACGAAUUUUUAACGUUUUUUAAAAUUUUACCUGAAAAAUUUAUCAGUGGUUUUUAAUUUAUAAAAUAAAUGUGUAUUUUACGUUAAAGUGUCUGCUUUUUAUUUAUACAAAUUAAUGUAUAAAUAAUAUACAGGGUCAAUGUGACCCUAUAUAAAUGAGGAGUCUUUACGUUGUCGGAUGUAUAAGCUUGGAUGUACCCGAGAACCUGUACUGCAAGGUCAUGACACCAGCCUUCUGUUACCUUGAAUGAUCAUUACAUUUAGUGCCUUAUCUGAAUUGAUUACCUGCAUGUACCGGCUCUAUAUAUAAAAAAAAAAAAAAAAAAAACUACGACUCAUUGAACCAAUUUUGUAAAUAACUUGCUGAUAAAACUAUUAGUAAUAUAAAAUUAUAUAAAUUGUAACACUCAUGGAUAUAUGCAUUACUAUUUAAAAAAGUUUAUUGAUCUUGAAUUAAAAAUUAAAAAAAAAAAAUAAGUAUUUAGUCACUUGAUAAUAAAUUAUAAUGAAUGUCGCCAAAUGAUGAUAUUGAUAGUAUAAAAUAAAAAAAAAAAAUAAUAGCCUCACAUGCAAUAAGAUAAUAAGAUGGAAAAAAAUACAACGAGUAUAUAUGUGGAUAUAUAUAGUGGAUAUAUGAUAUAUAAUAUUAUUAAGGGCUGACGAUAAAUAAAUAAAGGUUACAAUAAUAUUGAUGAUAAAAAAAUAAAAAAAUUAGAGAGAAUUAAAGACUGAAGGUUGAAUUGAAUUUUUAAAAAAAUAAAUAAAAACAAAAAGUAAGACAAUGGGUGAUAUAGUUGCUGCUGAUGAUUCUGUCAGUGACAAAAAGGGUUGUGUAAAACCGAUUAUUGACUGUCAAAAUAAUACAAAAAUAACAACAGAAAUUGAAUUAUUGGUCUCUUCGUCUACAUCUGGAGCUGGAGGGAAAGAGCUUGGUCAGCGAACUUUAAGGUCCUUGAAACGAGGAUUGGGAAGAAUAUGGAAAAGACACAGAGGCAAUGCCUCGAUCACUGAAUACGAUCCUUGUUACAAGGUCGCUUAUCUUGGCAAUGUUCUCACUGGAUGGGCCAAAGGUGAGGGCUGCGUUGAAAAGCCUAUUUCAACAUUGUGGCGUAAUUACGUCAGUAGCAACAGGCCAGACGUUACGAUGAGACUAACAGUUACAAAUGGUGGUUUGACGGCGACUACUAAGGAUCAUGGAUUAACCGAAUAUUGGGCCCAUCGCGUUACUUAUUGUGCCGCUCCUGUAUCACACCCCAGGCUCUUUGUAUGGAUUUAUAAGCACGAAGGGCGACGACUCAGGCCUGAAUUGAGAUGUCAUGCAGUCCUCUGCUCCAAAGAAUCCACCGCAAAAAGACUUGCAUCGAUAUUAAACACACGACUACAUCAAGCAUUAAUUGAAUUUCGUCGAGACAAAGUUUCACGACAAAAUGCCAGGCUCUCGUUGGCAAAUUCAGUUUAUGAAAAUCCCUCACUUCCACGUAGAAAAAUAUUACUGAGUACAGGUGGACAAAACUACAGGCCGCCUCUUGAAAGAUCUAAAAGCGCUCCAAAAUUAUCAGCCAUCGAAGAAGACUCGGUUGCUGAAGAAAUUGAGCAGAAGCGAUUACUUGAAGAAUUGAGGUCAUUGGAGAAUGUAGCACGUUGUUGGGAAGACCAGGAUGGUUGGCGAUUGGCACGACUGGUUGAUGCUUUGAAUCGUGCCGGCGCCUCAAGCGAAUAUUUGGACGAAAAUGCAAGUAUAUCAAGCGGAUGUGAAACAGCAAGUACGUCAAACAGCGAAGAGAGAGCUCUUGGUAUUGAUGAUCCCAAUAAUGGGAUUGUUGACCCCGAAUCACGAUCUGGGAUUUCUAGAAUUUUUAAUAGAAGAAGAGUAUUAUUUACCGAUUCUGAUCCUGAAGAUAUAAUACAAUCAUCAGCACCUUCCAAUAACGAUGUUAAAUCAGACAAUGAAUUUUGUUCAUCAUCAUUAUGCUCAUCAUCAUCAUCAACAUCAUCAUCAUCUUCUUCUUCUUCUUCUAAUUGUUGUUCAACUUCUUCUCCGUGUUCUUCCUUAUCGUCCUCUAGUUUAAUCGGUUGCUCAGUAGGAAAUAAAAGGUUUAUUAACUGUGGAAGAACUAUUGGUAACAGAAAAGUUUACUCAUCGAUUAUUGUUGGAGACGAUGAUGAUUUAAUGCCAGAAGAUAAUAAAAAAAGCAAAACAAUUAAUCAGUCUUCUAAUCCGGUAUUUGAAUUUGAAGAUAACCAAGUAUUUAAUGAGGUCGUCGACUACAGACCCCAUGGUGGAGAAAGUUCUGCUGGUGGAUUGGAAAAUACUAAAACCGGAAGGAGGAUAGAAGUGAAAGCAGCUUCACCAGAAACAAUCAUACCGCCAACAACACCACCAGACGAAUUAUAUUCAACUAAUCCUGCUGCUAAUGUUGCUGUUGUUGAUGAUGAUGAUGAUAAUGAUAAAACAGAUAAAUUAUUUAAAAAAAUAACAACAACUGUUAAAAAAAAAACAUCUUUUAUUACUCUUGAUUCUUUAGACGAAGAAGAAGCUGAUAGUGAUGAAAGUGGAUAUGUUGAAGCACCACCAAAGGCUCUUUUAGAUAUAAAUAACGAUUCUUCAUCAGAUAAAUUUAUUGAUAGUAACAAUGAUUUAUCAAAAAAAAAUAAUAUUCAAUCAGAUAAAAAUUAUUAUUUAUCAUCUAAUCAAGAUGAACCAUCACAAUUAUUAUUAAAUGAUAAUACUCGAUCAGAUGAAAAUAUCACUAAUAAAAUGAUAAAUAAUUGUAAUAAAAUUAUUCAAGACUCUAUUUUAAAACACAAAGAUAAUAAUGGUAAUAGGGAAAUAGUUGAUUAUAUAACUUGUCCAAUAUCUGAAACUAUUAAAAAACUAGCAAACGCAUCACUUAAAAAUUCUAAAUCUAUUGAUUUAUCAAAAAAUAAUUGUCUUAAAGCAUUGAAUACAUUUAGACAUACCAAAUCAUUUGAUGGAAUUAAAACACCGAUAAAUUAUGACAACGAAUCAUCUCCCAGUCUUGAUCAACGAAAGCAAUUACUCGCUAAACAAGGAGUUAAAGUUUAAAGUUUAAAUAAUUCAUUUUUUUUUUGUUUAUCAAUAUUUUUUUUAUAAGCAUUUUCUUUUUUUUUAUUAUUUAAAUAAUUUUCUGUUUUGUUAACUAGUCCAUUAAAAUCACUGCGUACUGGUGGAAUUGUCAAAAAAAGAAAAAAAAGAAAAAAAAAAAAUAUUUUAAUAAUAAAAUAAUAAUUGUUAUUAUUACUAUGAUAGCUAUAUACUAUAUACGUGUUAUGUGUAUCACAAGAUAUUUGAUCUCUGUAGAGAAAGAAAAUAACAAAAGAAUACUCAUUGAGUAUCAGCAAUAUAAUAAAAAAAAAGUAUAAAAAUUAAAUAAGCUAUUAAAAUGGAACAAAAUUGUUGUUUGUUAUA